AUGGCUGCUAAAAAUCCGCUCUCUGUAAUUUUCCUGUCGCAAGGGCUGGUACAAGCAACCAGCUCGGAUUCAGAUGACGACUACGAGCCGAGACACUUGACCAACGACCAAUCGUCUUUUUUUCAGUCGCAAUCGGACUCACCAUUCUCACGAGCCCCCGCAAAGGGUGAGAAUGUUCGACGAGUUGGACGAGUGGAGACUAACAAAUGGAAUCAGACAAAUCGCCUGAAGAUUAGCAAUGAGUCAACAUAUUCCGACUCUGAUUCCGAUUCAGAAUCUGAAAGUCGAGAUACAAAUUCUGAAUAUGAGGAUGAUGAUGAUGGCGACGAGUACUAUGAUGACAGCGGUGAGGAGAGCAGCACAGAUAGCAGUAGUGAUGAGUCAGUGCCACGUUUGUUGUCACAAUCGGCUUUCAAUCGCAUUUCGGAAACUUUGGGUGCUCUCAACACAAUGGGCCAUCUGUUGGUGGACAUAACGCGCGGUGGUCAUGACUCGAAACCGGAUUCAUAUGAGGCACCAGCGGCGAAUGAAGUUAGUGCUAGUGGUGUUGAAUCGACCACUGCUGGCAUUCUAAGUACUACAAGCGCUACGACUAUUGCAACAACGACCGCAACGCCAUCUAGAAAGUUCAAUGAUAUAAGCCCAACAGCGAAAAUUCUCGCGCCACUGCUUAAUCAAAGUAAUCUAAUCACAGAGCAAAAAUUGACCGGUUUGUUGAUGGCCGACAAGCGUGUGGGUGAAAACGGAACGCCUGCUAAGCCGAUGUUUGUCGAAACCAAGGAGACAAAGAAGAAGAAAAAGAAGAAGAAGAACCGCAAUAAGGUGAAGAAACCCGCGGCAACCAACCCAGCCAAUGGCAGUGCAACCGGACAAUCCCAACAGUUAAACAAACCACCAACCACCUUAAGACCCACCACCACGACGCUGCCAACAACCAGCCACAUCGCAAAUGAUCGCAUUGAUCAGAUUACAACCACUACUGAGGAUAUUUCUGGGAAAGAUGUGGAGAACUAUUGCAAAACACCUAGCGGACGUCUGGGUCGUUGCGAAGAUUUGAGCAGCUGUCCAGCUUUGCUGCUGAAUUUGAGUAGUCUGCGCGAGUCGCUCUGCUUUAAGAGCUUAUUCGUGCCAGGUGUCUGUUGUCCAUUAGCAGAGUCUUCAACAGUGCUUACAACACAGCGACCGCUCAGGCUGACCACGAAAGCGCCGACUGUGGCGCUCACAACGAAGCGACCAACUACACAACGCCCAGCCUCCUCACCGAGCUUGGUGUUGAUACCACAGCUUAAACCCUCGACAACAACAACAACCACGACCACACCGAACCCGUUGGGCAAUGAAUUGGAACUCAUAGGCAACAAUAACAUAGUUGAUCCGGAAGAGUGCGGACAGCAGGAAUAUUCGGCAGGACGUAUUGUGGGCGGAGUUGAAGCACCGAAUGGCCAAUGGCCAUGGAUGGCGGCGAUCUUCUUGCAUGGUCCCAAACGUACCGAGUUCUGGUGUGGCGGCUCGCUUAUUGGCACGAAGUAUAUUCUAACUGCAGCGCAUUGCACGAGGGACUCACGACAAAAACCCUUUGCGGCGCGUCAAUUCACUGUGCGUCUGGGCGAUAUUGAUUUAUCCACCGAUGCUGAGCCCUCCGCACCGGUCACCUUUACCGUGAAAGAAGUGCGCGCACAUGAGCGUUUCUCACGUAUUGGCUUCUAUAACGACAUCGCCAUUUUGGUGCUGGACAAGCCGGUGCGUAAGUCCAAAUAUGUCAUCCCAGUUUGUUUGCCGCGUGCGGGACGUGCGCCGCCUAAGGAACGUCUGCCUGGGCGUCGUGCGACUGUAGUUGGUUGGGGCACCACCUACUAUGGUGGCAAAGAGUCGACAACACAGCGCCAAGCUGAAUUGCCGAUUUGGCGGAAUGAGGACUGCGAUCGUUCCUACUUCCAACCCAUCAAUGAGAACUUUGUGUGCGCCGGCUACUCGGAUGGUGGCGUGGAUGCGUGCCAGGGCGACUCUGGCGGACCACUUAUGAUGCGCUUUGACUCGCGCUGGGUGCAACUCGGCGUGGUGUCGUUCGGCAACAAAUGCGGAGAGCCUGGCUAUCCUGGCGUCUAUACAAGAGUUUCGCAAUAUUUGGAUUGGAUUCGUGAUCACACGCGUGACUAGUGUGUCACUAAGUGGAUUGAUAUAUUUUAACUGUAGAUGUUGAUUUAGUUCUAAACGUUUUUUGUUUUUAAUCUAAUUUAAACAUUGUUACGAAUCACUAGUCUACAUAAUUUUUUUAUGUGCGUCGCCUAUUUACAUAGUUUCGAUAUUUAUUACCCUGACAAAAAAAAACCAUAUUAGUUUGUAUGUAAUGCAUAAAUUAUAAUAUUUACCAGGUAAUACACGUAUUUGAUAAUGUAAAAUUGCGAUGCUCACUUUUUUAUUUAGAUCUUAAUUAACUUAAGCCUAAAAUUGUUCUUCUGCCCGAACAUUGGAAGGGAGCUCAGUAGUAGAGACUAUAAAGCCUUAUUGUGGAAGGAAAUAUUACGUAGGUAAGAAGGUGAAUGGGUUGGUGCGUAACUACCAUUCGGCAGUGCGUAGGAUCGAGUCUCCGAGCUUGAAACAGUAAAUUGAUAGAGAAAGGUUUUUCCAGUAGCGGCUCUCCUCGGCAGGUAAUUUCAAACCUCCGAGUGUAUUUCAGCUAUGAAAAAGCUCCUCAUAAAAAAUAUCUGCCAUUAGGAGUCGGCUUAAAACUAUAGGUCCUUCCAUUUGUGGAACAACAUCAAGACGCAGCUAGAGCUACAGCUGUAAUGGAGAAGAUAGAUGGGAUUUAGGUUUGAGCACUGCCCUGAGCUGUCGAAGAAAGAGCAUCCAGCGACCUUGACGGUCUAACAGCCAAAGCCGCUGAUUUACAGAGAAAGUGCUCAACAAUCUUCUUCUCUGAAAGCUACCCGCAGCUUCUGCAAUGUGGAUUAAAAGAUAAUCAUUGCUUUCCUAAGUGUGUGCCGAACGUUCAAUAACCGAUAAACAC